CCCCAGAUCCCCCAGACACAGCCCCCAGCCCCCAGCUUCCUAGCUCUCCCACUCUCACCGUCACAACCGCACUACGCCUCACCGUACCAUGCUCUCUGCCCCUUCCCCUACAAUUCUGACCGCUCCGAACUUCUCCGCAAAAGCAUCGACACGUUUCAGAUUCGCUCCGCCUCUCGCCUUCGCCGCCACUUCCACCGAAAGCCGUAGCACGACAUCGUAUAUGGCCACCGCGUGCACCUCGCUGUACGAGAUCCUCGGUAUCCACACGGACGCCACGUGCCAGGAGAUCAAGACGGCGUACCGGCGAUUGGCGAGGACAUGCCACCCUGACGUUGUCGCCGUCCCCGCUAGGAAGGACUCGUCCGCCGGCGAGUUCAUGAGGAUACACGCUGCGUACUCCACCCUAUCGGACCCCCAUAAGCGCGCAGAUUACGAUCGCAAGCUUUUCAGGCCGUACAAGCCUUUAACGGCGACUUCGGGGUUCUCCGGCUACUCCCGCAAGAACUGGGAGACGGACCAGUGCUGGUGACCGAGUUUACUCGCCGGAUCGCCGAGUUGAUAACUAAUCUAGAUUACAGUGAAGAUAAUGAUAGAUUACUCCGAUAUAUAUAAAUAUCUUAUUUCCUACUUAGUUGCUUGUAGAUAGUCGGAAAAAGGAAUCAAUAUAUUUAUAAAUGAGAUCUAGAAAUAUUGAUAGAUCAUAAUAUGAAAUUUAUAUUUUCUAGUUUAUAAUGCAUAAGAAAAUGAAAAAGAAAAAUUAACAUAUCGAAGGAAAAUUAUAUAUUAAAUCAAUGAUGUGAAAUAAAAUUUUUUGCUUUAUAGUGGCAUGCACGAGAAAUCAACUCGGAAAUGGAAAUUAAAAGCUAGUU